AUGUACCGGUCUAUGAAGUCGCGAAUUGACAGCAUGAAAGUCACCGGCGUGUGGGAUUUCGCGAAAAGCAACGGCGUGCUGCGAGUCGGAAUUAGCGGCAUCGGAACGAAGCUGGUACGAUCCGGAAUCGCUGUAUCGAAUAAUGAAGUAUUUGGAGCGGAUACACCGCUAGUGGUGUACAACGGAGCAGUGGGGGUUAAAGUUGUGCAAAAUUUCGUGCAUGAUUAUGGGUUCGCGGGGAUCCGGUGCGGUGCGGAUGUGAGGAAUCAGGGCGACUGCAUGCUGGGGUUUAUCGGGUACAAUUACGUGUACAGCAGACUGAGGAAUAUGACUGGCGCCGCGGAUUCCGCGGGGAUCUACUACUGCACCCAUUGGUUCAAUCCAGGAAAUAGGGCUGAGUGUAACUAUGUGAAGGGGGGUGACCACUGUUACUAUUUGGAUUACAACACGUCAGGAGUGAAGGUGAUAGGAGGAGUGUGUUACGACAACUGGGAUGGGCUCAAAGUCAACAAUGGAAAAUUCAACCGCCUGAAACAUGUCUUGGUGGUGAAUGCUCUCAAGGCCCCUGGCUGGUGCACCUGCCUCACCCCCACUGUCAACAACUGCAACAAGUUUCCUGGAAACUACUGGGAGAACAUGAGGAUUAAAUACUACAACACACCCGUCUUCAACCAGCGCUGGCCCUGGUUCAAAACAGUCUGCAAUCAGAGUCACAUUAACGGAGUGUACUGUAACAUGAAGGGAAACGUUCCCAACCCUUACCUUCCAUGGGAGACUGGCAAGUGCAGCGGAUUGGCCACCAACAACUACCUCGAUAUAAUCAUAGUCAACGGGAGCAACAAGCCUAUGGAGCCCUGCCAAAGCUACACUUCAAGAGCUGGAGAAAAGGCGAGUUUGAAGUGA